AUGUUCCAUCAAGUAAAGGAGGACAAAUCAAACUACUGGACCCCCCAACUCUACGUGAAGUACAAGAAUGGGACGGGAUUUGCCCCAGUCCCUGUUAUGGGUGACGGGGACGAUACGAACGGUGGCAUGACCGUGUAUUACCUCCAGCGCCGUGGAGACAAUCAGACCGAGCAACUACACGCCUUUCCAGAAGGAUUCCGUAUGAUUGCUGGCGAUCCGGAUACUCGCUCUUCUGACGGUAGCCUUGCCGCUCAAGGCAUUUCUUUUAACUGCCUCGGCGCAAACCUACUAGAGACGAACGGUAUGCCCAACUACACGUGUCCGGGAGGACUGCGAGCCCAAGUCUUCUUCCCUCAAUGCUGGGAUGGCAAGAAUCUCGACUCACCUGACCACAAAAGCCAUAUGAGCUAUCCAUCGGGUACCGUGUACAAUGGUGGCAACUGUCCCCCUACGCACCCCGUCCACAUGAUCUCCAUAUUCUACGAGAUCCUGUACGACACGGCGCGCUUCGAAAGUGAAUGGGAUGACGGCAAGAAUCCCUUUGUCUUCUCCCAAGGAGACGCAACAGGCUACGGACUCCACGGCGACUUCUUCAACGGCUGGGAUGUAGAGGUCCUCCAAAAGGCCGUCAAUACCUGCACAGACAUGUCUGGUCAAGUCGAAAAGUGCGCCGCAGUUACCAUGUACACAACCGAGGAAAGCAACGCGUGCAAAAUCCCCUCGUCACUCAACGAACAAGUCAGCAAAAACCUUACUGCCCUCCCAGGCUGCAACACCCUCACAUACGGCCCUACCCGUGCCACCACCACUUCCGCAGCAAAUUGCACAUCCCACACCCCUACCCUCAAUGCCGCCGGCCCUUCCGAUCACAUCGAUCUCACCCAAACCAAAAGGUGGCAAUACAUCGGCUGCGGCACGGACUCUGUGACUGACCGCGCCAUGACGGGCGCCUGGACAUACAACGACACCAUGACGGUGGAGAGCUGCAUCAACUACUGCAUUGCUGGCAAAUUUUCCUACGCCGCGCCUGAAAAUGGCAAUGAAUGUUUCUGUAACAACGAGCUUGAUGUAAAACGCCUGCCUAAAGAGGGGAUUAUGGGAUCUUGCGCUAUGCCGUGUGUGGGGAAUAAGGAGCAAGUGUGUGGUAAUGCUGGUAGUAUGAGUAUCUAUCGUAGGUGUGAGGAUGAUGGGGGUGAGUGUCGGAACAAUGAUGUUGGUGGUGUUGCUGCAGCGGUGGCUUCUCGAUCGACCAGCUCGUCUAUGACUACGGUAAUCGUGCCUGCAGCCACUCUUCUGGGGCGGGCUUAG